AUGUAUAACAGAAGAUCGCCAUCCACAAACCCCUCGUAUACGACCAAAUCCAUGGCGUUUCUGCACAAACCGCAGCGCGUCUCCCAAUCAAAACCCAUCUAUCCCGAAGACUCCGUGAAGCGAAACACCGACCUAAAUCGUGGGUCAAUAAGCAUCGACAACGAUUCUUCAGAUUAUUUUUCGACCCCACCACCGCAACCAAUGUCUCAAGCUGGCGAUUACGAGGCGUCGCUGUAUGAAGUGGCAUCUCCUUUAAGAGUCAAUCCCUAUUUCCCAGCUAAUCUGGACUCCGACCAAACUUCACUCUCAGACGAAUCAACAAACGGACCACCUUCGCUGGUGCGCAAAAAAUCCGGCGAGAUCGUGAGGUCGAACUUGAAGACAAACCAGAGGUCGCGGUCUUUGCCCGCCACUCCAAGCGGACGCGAACCGGAUAAGCGACUUGGCAUCCCCCUAUGGCGGCCCAAGCGUAGCAAAAGUGUUCACUUCGACCAGCGUGACGUGGUGUCUUUCAAAUACUUCCGUCAAGAGGACUCUCCACUUGACGUGGCCGCUGAAGACGUUUUGGAAGGACCUCUAGACGACAAAAACUGCAAACCGCUUUCGGUGUCUGAUAUCAGCGAUGAAAACCGAAAUGAUUCGGAUUCAGGGGAGCCAUUAGAUUUGACGAUGACAAUGUCAAAUUUGCAACUCGAAAAAAAGGCCUUGGCAGGGUUCGGUUUGAGACGAAGUAGACGUUACCAAAAACUCAAGAGCAAUGGAGCUGCAAAUGGCAUUAAUGGGAACUCAACAAUAAGUCAACCGGGAUUUUACUUUGAAAAUUUUGCAAUCUUGAACGUGGGCGAUCGUACAAGUUUGAAAUUGAACAUUUUUCUCAACAUUGCGCAUAGCAGCAACUGUUUCUUACAAGAGUUAUCACUGGUGAGUGAACAACAUUAUCUAGUGGGUCAUAUAUUGGUCAAGAACAUCUUUUUCGACAAAAAAGUGGUUGUCAAGUAUACGCGUGACCGCUGGCGUACUGCCAAUGAAGUGGAAUGCGUGUGGGUGAGCAGCGGCGACGAUGUCUUGCCCGGGAAGAACAUGGACCGCUUCAAAAUGGUGAUUGAUCUGGCGACCGUAUACAACGGCGCCAAACGCGACUCUAUAACAUCCAGCACCCCUUCAAAAGUCGUACUGGCAGAGUCGGUUGCUAAUGAUUUCGCAACCCUAAGGCUCGAGUUUUGUAUCCAGUACAUGACUCGCAAUGUAGAGCAACGUUUGGAGAGCUGGGAUAACAAUGGCGGGCGCAACUACAUCGUUGAAGUGGUUGCACCCAAACCACGCAUGGGCUUUACAGACCCGUUUCGUGGCGUCUAA